CUUCUGCGGCCUGUUCUUGCUGCUAGUUUAUGUUCAAGCAUGUUCAAACCUUGCUAUGGCUGGUUCCAUAGUUAAGUUUCUUCCAGGAUUUGAAGGACCCCUCCCCUUUGAACUCGAAACCGGGUAUAUUGGAGCUGGUGAAUCAGAGGAUGUGCAGCUCUUCUACGCUUUUAUCAAGUCAGAGUCAAAUCCUCAAUCGGAUCCUCUUAUCAUUUGGUUAGAUGGAGGCCCUGGCUGCAGUUCAUUUAUUCCACUUUUCUUUGGGAUAGGACCAGUAGUUUUGGAGCCAUUGUCGUUCGACGGCGCUCUGCCCAAGUUGGUAUUAAAUCCUUCUACUUGGACCAAGACCGCACAAGCUUCUCAAUCUUCAGAUUUACAAGCCUCUGAUCAAGCUUAUGAAUUUAUCAGGAAGUGGCUACAUGAUCACCCAGAGUACAAGUCGAAUCCAUUCUAUGUUAGUGGAAUCUCGUAUGGGGGCAUUCCUGUUCCAAUAUUAACUCAACUUAUAUCAAAUGGUAAGAUUUUUUCAAUGUGGCUCUUUACCCUGGGGAAGUUUUUUGGUUGUGUUACAAUCUGCCCUAAAACUUACAUGUAUUUUGGUGUUAUUCCAGGAAUCGAGGACGGCAUUGAACCACGUAUUGAUCUUAAGGGAUACAUACUCGGAAAUCCAAUAACGAAGGUUUCAGGAAUUCUGAACUAUAGGGUUCCGUUUGCUUAUGCGAUGGGGCUGAUUUCUGAUGAACUCUAUGAGUCCUUGAAGGUUAGCUGUAAAGGGGAAUAUGAAAUCACAGAUUCCAGUAAUCUAGUGUGUUCGAAAAAUAUGCAGGCAUACAAUGAGUUGGUUCGUAAUAUUGACGAUCAACAGAUCUUGAUUCCCGUAUGUCCUCUCCUUUCACGAGAGCCAAAUAAAUUAUUUACUGGUGGGAGAUCCAUUAUACAAAUGUUGUAUAAGAAGUUUGAAGAGCUAGACGUUCGGGGAUCUACUCCAAUGGAAUGGAUUGCGCUCGUUGAGCACUGGGCUAACAACAAGAGCGUCCAAGAGGCCCUCCAUGUGCGAAGGGAAACUAUCGGACAGUGGGUAAGCUGCAGCGAUACCUUGCCAUACACAAAAAAUGCAGGGAGUGUUGUACCAUAUCAUGCAAACCUUAGCACUACAGGUUAUAGAUCCCUUAUAUACAGUGGUGAUUCAGUGGAGUACUUUGAAUCUCAAGCGUGGAUAAGAUCUCUACAUUACCCAAUUAUUGACGAUUGGAGACAGUGGAUUCAUGAAGGCCAAGUUGCCGGUUACACAAGGACCUACGCAAAUAAGAUGACAUUUGCAACAGUGAAGGGAGGAGGCCAUGUUGCUUAUGAGUUCAAGCCUGCCGAAUGCAGAACUAUGCUUGAGAGAUGGAUAUCGUAUCAGCCUCUCUAAUCAGUUGGCAU